AUUUAAAAGGAAAAAACGGUGCAAAGCGUGACAGCAAGUCUUCGCGUGGCUGUGGAUUUACAGAAUAGAGAUAAGCCAUCUGAAAUGUUAAUUGCGAGAGCCUGCGGUACAUCCAGCUGAGAAGAAUACUGAUCAGUUUGCUGUGAGGAACUCUUCGGGGAGGGGUCUUUGUGAUGGAGGGGGAAUUCCUCAAAGGAAACAGCCUAGAGACACCCGGGCAAGAUAACAACCUGGCAAAGAAGACUCAGCUCUUGGAUCGGGGCCAAUGGGCAAAUAAAUUGGAGUUUUUGCUUGCUGUGGCAGGAACCCUAGUUGGUCUGGGAAACCUCUGGAGGUUCCCCUAUCUGUGCUACAAAAAUGGGGGAGGUGCAUUUUUGGUUCCAUACGUAUUGUUUCUGCUCGCUUGCGGUAUCCCAAUGUUCCUCCUGGAGACGGCCAUGGGACAGUUCACGUCUCAAGGGUGCAUCACCUGCUGGAGGCACUUCUGCCCCUUGUUUGAAGGGAUUGGUUACGCUACCCAGGUUGUGAUUGCAUAUGCCGCUGUGUCAUACAUCGUCAUCCAGGCAUGGGCCUUCUUCUACCUGUUCUCGUCCUUCAGCGCUGAGGUCCCAUGGGCCAGCUGCAGAAACGAAUGGAACACAGAGACUUGUGUCGAAUUUGAUAAAAAAAAUGCAUCGUCCAAUUGGACAGCAGCUGUGAACGCAACAACGCCUGCAACAGAAUUCUGGGAGAGAAGAGUACUGGGAAUAUCUCAAGGAAUUGAGGAGAUUGGUAGCCUGAGGUGGGAGCUGGCCUUGUGUCUUUUACUGGCGUGGAUCCUGUGCUACUUCUGUGUCUGGAAAGGAGUGAGAUCUACUGGAAAGGUGGUUUACUUUACAGCCACGUUCCCCUAUGCGAUGCUGCUGGUCCUGUUGGUACGUGGACUUACUUUACCAGGAGCUAUGGACGGCUUAGCUUUCUACCUCUAUCCUGACCCGACAAGGUUGGUGGACCCUCAAGUUUGGAUGGAUGCAGGUGCACAAGUGCUUUUCUCUUUUGGGAUUUGUCAGGGGAGUUUGACAGCUCUGGGCAGUUACAAUCAAUAUAACAAUGAUUGUUACAAGGACACAUUUGUGCUGUGUUUAGUGAAUGGCGGGUCAAGCUUUGUGGCAGGGUUUGCAAUCUUUUCAGUUCUGGGUUUUAUGUCGUACGAACAAGGACUGCCAAUAUCUGAAGUAGCUGCUUCUGGACCUGGCUUGGCAUUUAUCGCCUAUCCACGUGCAGUAGCCAUGAUGCCUUUACCUCAGUUAUGGUCUAUUUGUUUCUUCAUCAUGGUCAUCUUGUUGGGUGCAGAUACACAGUUUGUGAGUCUGGAGUGCCUGAUGACCUCGGUGACAGACAUGUUCCCCACUGUGUUUCGGCGAGCUUAUCGUCGAGAGCUGCUGCUGCUGUGUCUCUGCUCUGUUUGCUUCUUUCUCGGCCUCCUUCUUGUCACAGAGGGAGGCUUGUAUUUCCUUCAGCUUUUUGACCAUUACGUUUGCAGUGGCAACAAUCUUCUCCUUCUUUCAGUGUGUCAGUCGAUAGCAAUUGGAUGGAUAUAUGGUGCAGAUCACCUCUAUGACAACAUUGAAGACAUGAUAGGUUAUCGUCCAUGGCCGGUUAUGAAGUAUUGCUGGCUUUACAUCACCCCCCUUGUGUGUCUGGGUACCUUCAUCUUUUCAGUGGUGAAGUACAAGCCUCUCAAGUUCAACAAAACCUACAUCUACCCGGCCUGGGCUUACGCUUUGGGCUGGUCCCUGGGACUGUUCUGCGUUCUCUUGGUUCCUCUGUGGAUCAUCUUCAAAAUGGCUCAAAUGAAAGGGACAGUGUGGCAGAAACUCAGGCAGCUUUGCCAGCCUGAAAUCAAGACGCACAACACAGCGAAGCGACCUGAGCAAUACCCCCUGAACCCAGACAACUCUCUCACUCCUGCCGCCAAUGAAUACAAGGCAAAUGGUGGAGCUGAGGUAGAGAUGCAAAUGUGAGGAGCCGCGCAUUUUUUUGAUACUGUUUUGAAUGUGGUGUUUUAAUUUUUAAACUUUUAACUUACUUUUUUUUUUUUUUUUUUUUACAAGCUAUGCAUUUUUAAGAAAUUAUGGUAAGCAAUAAAUUCUUAAGACUAUUUCUGUAUAGGUCUGCAACCCGCACAAUAAGCAGUGAGUUUUGUGUGACUGUAAGAUGUCUCUGCUGUAAAUCUACUUUGUAAACAGUAUUGACAAGACAAAAACUAAAAAGUUUUUAAGCUAUUUUCAUUUCAAGCAUACCUUUAGUGUGAUGUUUUCAUGUUUCAGUAUGCCAACUACACAGAGGAGCAGAA